GCUUGACUCAGCUUGUAGAUGUUCCUCGUUUUGUUCAGGACAUAGACUGACCGACAGAGACAUGCCGGAUGGCAAUGGAAUGUCAACUUUCAAGUGUUGUAUCUGGUGGAUAUAGUGUCAUAUUCAAAGGAUAAAUUGCAAUUAAACGGUUUUCGGGAUACCUUUUUUUAGCAAAGAUAUUGAAGAUAUCAGCUGAGAACGAAUGGGAAAGGCCAAAAUCAGUCAGGAAAUUAAAAGCGGUCAAGGUGUUGAGUAAAGAAAUAGAAACACCAAUGCCACUAACACCGGUCAAAGAUUUGUCUACAAAAGGCAGGGGAGUUCGUCGCUUUUACGAUGGAGGUGGAUGAAGCCUUUGAUUGCAUGACGAAGUGGGAGCCCAAUCGUUUGACCAAUCGCAAAUAGCAUGCGCAGUUUACAGCAAAGAAAUUGUCAAAUGAGGAGAAAUGAACAGAGAUGAUUUGCCAUUUAAAAUACACGGUAAAAACGUGACAGUCGGGCAGACGGAUAUCACCACUUCCGGUACGCAAAACUCAGCAUCCCAGACGAUCCAUUACGCGCAUAGGACGCCAUAUUACCUACCCCUUAAUACGUCAACUGCCGCAAGUGAGCGCUUUUACAGCUCCUAUAACCCGGAAGUUGGCAUAAACACCGCUACCAUUUUGGGAGGACUUCUCGUGUUGCUUGUUAUUUAUGUGGUUUACCGCACCCUGUGCAGAAAGAGACUAUUAAAGGUGCUAGAGAAGAUAAAAAUGAAAUCUUUUCCGGAUGAAUAUCCUUCAGACGUUUUCGUCGAGAAAACUGUUACCAAUUAUAAGCAGGAUACUACUGAGCUGAUAAGCGAACGUGCUAAACUGCUUUGGGUUGAAAGAGCAAAGAUUUCGGAGGAAGUUGCAGGCAGUAACAAUGGGGGUGUUUUAUUAAAUGAUGCCGCUUCUUGUGUGAAUGGAAUGGACGGAUGUAACACACGGGAAAUCAACAGAACAUCAAGUAUAAAACGAACAACUCGUGGUGAUAUCUGUACACUUGGUAACUGUGUUUCGCACCCACCGGAAAUUGAAGAAGACGCGGAAGUGGCAACAGCGCACUGGAUACAAAACGUCCGUGCGAUGGAUUUAAAGGAAAGACAACUGAAUGGAAUAAUUUUAAAAAUUCCGCCUGAUCUCGUUUCACACAAUGCCAAAACUCGCAUGCACUUUCACUCAGUGACCGAAUAUGGGGAAGUCAAUGAGGUUUCGUACCAGAGAAAUAAAAGUUUGCCUUCACUAGUGGACGAACAAGAGCGUUUUAAGUUUAGCUAUGCAUUUACAAACAUCCAUAAGCAGUGUAGAUCAUUGCAAACAGGUACACAUAUAUCGCUUGAAAAAGAGGAAUUACACGAACAUGAUUCAAAUUCUCACGGAACAAGCAGAAAUGUUGGACAAGGCUCGCUCAGCUUGCACUCGACGACAGUUCCGGUGGACAUCUGCCCAAUCGUGAAAGUGCAGCAUUACCAUUCCCGCUGUAAGCGUAGACUUAUUUCAUUCUGUCCGGGCAGCAGUGACGAAGUGUCGUCUGCAUCCUCGGAAUAUCCAGUGCAAGUGAACAGUGAUUCGGCGGAGCGGGACGCCAAGUGCACGUGUCUGCAGGCAGACGACAGUGACGCGUGUCCACAGCGUCGGUGCACGGGUGGGGAUCACGUAUGUGUGUCACGUGAUCAGAUAGCGCAAAACUGUUUGAAUGAGCAAACUAGGCCAUGCUUGAGUGAAACGAGUGUAUAGCGGUGAUGCUGUAAACUGUGUAUACCUGCCAAAUUUUAAUGAGUUUAUAUUACACAGGAACGUUCAGUGUCUUUUAAAUAACCAUACGGUGAUCGAACAAUGUGAAAUUUUAAAGCUUGUCUUAUCAAUUUCUAUGCAUGUUCAACUCCGUUCUGCUUUAUAAUUUGUUGUUACAACAUUGUUACAGUGAGUGUUUUUUUUAAUAUUAUUUACGGUACUCAUAACAUCGUGUUAAUUCCAGAUAAUGGCUUAUAUUACAUUGCGUUACAUCAGAAUACUUUGAUGAUUUCUUUUUUUAGUAAUUUUAUUUUAAAAUAAAUGUUUAGUUUUUAUGACCGGAGACAAAUUAAUGAGCCUCGCUCUGGGAAAACGGGGUUUAAUGCAUGUGCAUAGUGUCGACUCAGGUUAGCUUGUGAAGUCCACACAGAUUGAUCAGGGACGACAAUUUCCGCUUUAAUGGAAAUUGUCUUCUUUCACUUUGAGUGGAAAGUGUCGUUCCGGAUUAGCCUGUGCGGGCAAGAAGGACACCUAACGCACACGCGUUAAGCCCUGUUUUCUCAGAACGAGGUUCAUUUCAUAUACAGAAAGACAUAUCAGUUAAGAAAAACAGUAUCUCGUAACAAAGAAUUUGAUUUUCCAUAAAUAAUAUGUCAGACACUAACGUCGUUAAUGCGAUAUAGUUGUUUGUCGCGUAUGAUUUCAAAUUAUCAAUCGUUUUUUCUCAUUCGCUCAAGACACUUGUUUGGGCAAAAAUAUAUUAUUUUCCAGAAUAUGUUUGACUCUUAACUAUUGCUAAUGCGGACUGCACAGGCUAACCUGGGACGACACUUUACGCACAUGCAUUAUACCCAGUUUUCUCAGAACAAAACACAUAUUCAUUAUCGCACGACGUGGCUCAAUUUCAUGGAAAUAUUAAGCUAUGUCAGAGCACAUUGUUUUAAUUUCGUAAAAUCAAAUUUUGAAGAACUUUCGUACAGGUGACGAAGUUUUGUCCAAAAGCCUUAGUGCAUCUUCUAGACUAUGUUUGUUUGCAAAUGCUAAUUUGAUGUUCACAAAAUGUAUAUUAACAAUGCUUGUGCACGUAUGAACCAA